UGUUGAUCUGCUGAGUGUGGCUGAUGAACUGACACCUGCAGAGCCAGUGACAAAGCAUUCUAUUCAGACAGGCCGCAUAGUCAGCUGGUUUGCUGGAGCCUUUCAGGAUGGGGUCAUCCCAGCAGGAGCAGAGGAAAAGCUGAAGACAUUAAAGGCUCAAACACAUGAAUUACAUCUACGUGAAACAGUGCCAGAUUACGCACGGCUUCGACACAGGCUGCUGAAGUAUGCCUCCACAGUACGCAUGGUGACAGAUGAAAAUAAUAGUCCUGAGCCAACAACCAUCCCCAGAGAGAAUUGCAAACGUUUAAGAGACAUUGUGCUUAACGUUCGCAUCCAGAGGCCUUACCACAAGAAAACUCACAUGAAAAAAGCAUGCAAUCGAUUUCCAUCACACAGUCAAGAACUACUGGUACUGGGGUCACAGAAGCUGACAGAGCUGCGGGAUGCAAUCAACUGCAUCAAUGACCUGGGUGUCAAUAAGGACCUCUCACUUGAUCCAGAAUUCCAUCAUCUCUCAUAUAUGAGGAAUAAUUCUACCAAAUUUCCUUCUGGAUUUUUCUACAUCAAUGGUGUUUUUUAUGAUGACCUUCGCCAAGAGGGAUCAAAAUGUUACAGUGAAAGCAUUAUUAACUGGGCAAAGAAGCACCCAGAAAUUGGUGAGAUGAGAGCAGAAAAGAUGAGUGAGAAACUUUCAUGA